GCUUACCUAAUCGCGUUGCGAUGAACUUUCUCACACCCACUACCACAACUCAAGUUUCGGUUAGCAAUAAAAUGAUCGGUGCUAUAAUGGGUCGUUCCGGUGUUCGGAUCAACCAAGUGCGACAGGAGUCCAACGCUGAUAUAAAAAUCAGCCGACAGGAACCUGGCGUUGAGGACCGCAUCAUUACUAUCACCGGUACACCUGAGCAAAUCCAGAACGCCCAAUUUCUUCUUCAGAUGUGCGUGAAGAAAUACGGCGAUCAGGUUUGAUCAGACCCCUAAAAUAAUUCCUACGGUACACCCAUCUCAUCCAACACUACUUCGCCUUACUUCCACCAUUUCCACACACACUUUGCAUCCAUAUCCCUCUUGUCUAUGUUAGUUUCUUCUGAUCCUACCGUUGAAACACCUUUUCUCUCGUCCGCGUCAAAUAAAUUGUGCUCGUGGGCGCUUCAACACUUUUAACCUGAUCGCACGAUCGAAUCAGUUUGCGUUCCUAUACAAAUAAAAUACAAAUGUCCAGAA